GCGGACAGCAGCCUCGGCGCCGAGUCUCCGCUCUUCUUUCCCCCCUCCCUCCCCUCCCGUUCCCUGAUUUCGGGCUUCCCUCCCCCCCUUGGCUCCGAGGGGGACUGGCGGGAGGCGGAGCCCUUGUGGACCUAUCUCUCCCCCUGGCGCCCUCACAAGCUCCAACUGAUCCAUCCCCGAAGGGAAACGGAGGGAGGACAAGGGCUGUGAGGGGUGCGCCUUGCCAUUCUCUCGCCUGCAGGCUUGAGGGACGCUGAGGGGGAAAGGGGGACCAGGAUCUACCGCUUCCACGAGGCCAACUCGGGUCAACUUUCUCCUGCCACCCUCUCUCCCAUUUUUCUUAUUUUAGCCAUCCCAAUGUGCUUCAUUCAGUCCUUUCAAGUUUGUCAUGCCAAUUCUCCCCAUGGUGCUUUGAUGACAAUAAAUUUUCAUAAAUGAAUCAUUGGUCAAAAUGAUUUGGUUCUCUGAGAAGCUGUUAGAAGCUGGAGAGAGAUGUUGGAAUAAUUUCCCCUUACAGCCACAGCAUUUCAUUGGGAGGUUCACGCUUUCAUCGGUGACAAGAUGUGCAUUUCAUAUUUUUGCCAAAGGAUCCAGUGAUUCAUCACAUUGACUCUUCGGCAGUACAUACUUGGCAAAAAUCCAGCUAUCAUCCAUCCCACCAAGUACUGUCUAUCCCGAGUAGCAGUGGCGAUGCAAGUUCUCCAAGAACAGAGGUCUUUUCCAUCACUUGCUGCAUCAUCAACUACCAAAUCUACUAACCUGGAGAGGCCUGGGAACUCCUGCAGUUUACCAGCUGAUUUCAUGAUGACUGAGGAUUUAGAUCCAAGGUUCAGUUUUCUCACUUGGGAUCAGAUUAAAAUACUGGAUCAAGUGUUAAGUGAGGUGAUCCCCAUUCAUGGCAGAGGGAAUUUCCCGACGUUGGAGGUGAAGCCAAAAUACAUCAUUUGUGCCGUCAAGGAGCAGCUGAUCAAAAAUCAGAUCGCUGUCCAAGACAUACGCCUGAAUGGCUCCACAGCAAGCCACAUCCUUUUAAAACAAAAUGGUCCCAGCUACAAGGACCUGGAUAUCAUUUUUUCUGCUGAGCUUCGAAAUGAGCAUCAAUUUCAGGUUGUGAAGGAGUCUGUCCUUAAUUGCAUCUUAGACUUCUUACCAAAAGGUGUCAACAAAGAAAAGAUCACAGCAAAGACAAUGAAGGAUGCCUAUGUGCAGAAGAUGGUGAAAGUGUCUACAGAUUAUGAUCGCUGGAGUCUUAUCUCCUUGACAAACAACAGUGGGAAGAAUGUUGAGCUUAAAUUUGUCAACUCUCUCCGACGGCAGUUUGAGUUCAGUGUUGAUUCCUUUCAGAUAAUCCUCAAUCCUGUGUUAGAUGUCUAUAGCAAUGCAGAUGGUGAGCUGUCAGAAGAUUCUAAUUUGUCCAUCAUUGCUGAAAGCAUGUAUGGAGACUUUGAUGAGGCCAUGGAGCACCUGAAGUACAAACUGAUUGCUACAAAAAAACCCGAAGAGAUCCGUGGUGGAGGCCUUUUGAAAUAUAGCAACCUUCUGGUUCGGGAUUUUAAGCCAGUAAAUGAGGCAGAAAUUAAAUCACUGGAACGUUACAUGUGUUCUAGAUUCUUCAUUGAUUUCCCUGAUGUAACAGAGCAGCAGCGGAAGAUUGAGUCAUACUUGCGCAAUCACUUCAUUGGGGAAGGGAAGAGCAAGUACGACUACCUGAUGACUCUGCGUGGGGUUGUGGACGAGAGCACGGUCUGCCUUAUGGGACAUGAGCGAAGGCAGACACUGAACAUGAUUACCAUCUUGGCUCUCAAAGUGCUUGGAGAGCAGAAUAUCAUUCCCAAUGCAGCCAAUGUAACAUGCUACUAUCAACCUGCUCCCUACAUCAGCGACAGGAACUUCAACAAUUACUAUAUUGCUCCUAGACAGCCACCCAUUAUCUACCAGCCCUAUUCCUUUCACAUUCCCAUGCAGAGUGGCAUGGUGUAGCCAACCACAAAACCUCAUUGCCUUACAUCAUUGACCAACCUUUCCCUAGCCCCCCAUUCCCCUGAGGGCUCUUCAAAAUAAAGCCCAUGUUAAAGCAAA